AAUCAGCCAUCUCGUAGUCAUCGCUGUGAAGUUUAAACUCUUCUGUCACAGUAUUAUUUUAAACACCUGUAUGGUUUUUUUUUUUUUUAUUAAUCGUUAUAUGUAAAUGUUCUCUUGUUAUACUUUUUAUUUAGAUUUUCUGAAGAUUUGUGUUCUAUAUAAUAUACGUGAUGAAAUUCAAAUCGCUUUUCCGGCGGAACCAUAACCAGGGUAGUUCACCUGAAGGGGUGAGAUCCUAUCAACAACCCUCAGUGACAAUGGAAUCAGCUGUUUUCCCGCCAAACAACAACCAUCCUCAAGGAACGGAAAAACGUCAACAACAAGAAGUCAUGGAUAACUGUGGUGCUACAGCUAUUGGCUUCUCUUCAGUAGAAUCAAUUGAUCGACGUGAGAAUGAAUACAUUGAAGAGUUGGAAAAACUACGCAUGGAAGUCAAUAUGCUUAAGGAACAAAGAGAUGAGGCUGAAAGAAAUUUAGCAAUGCAUAUAGAAAGUGCUCGAAAUGUUUUAUCUUGUACUUCUAUACCCAACAAUAAGGUAGAUGACAGGCACAGACAUCCAAAUUCUGCUCCUGCUUCUAUAGCUCCACCAAUUUCUGCUAGUCAGGAUUUAUUAGAUACACAUGAUUGGGACAAGCAUUCAAACAGUUCUGUUAGUGAAGUUUCUUUAGCAUGUCUUCAAGACAGAAUUAUACAAAUGGAGGAAACUCAUUAUAGUACAAAUGAAGAAUUACAAGCUACACUUCAAGAACUAGCAGAUCUACAGUCUCAGCUCUAUGACCUUCAACAUGACAAUGAACGUUUAGGAAAAGAGAAGGGUGUAUUAUUAGAAUCGUUAUGCCAACAAACAGAAAAACUAGAAGAUGCUCGCACUAAAGUUGAUGCUUUACAAGGAUUAUUCCUUGUUCCAGGUGCUAAUCCUCCUUCAACUUCAACUGAGAGGGAAGAAAAACUUGUUGAACUAUUAAAAAGUGGUCAAGCAGAACGUGAAACAUGGUUAGCAAGACAAGAAGAACUUAUUGGAGAAGCCAAUGAAUCAAAACGUGCUUCAGAAAAUGAAGCUAAAAGAGCUAAUCAGCUUUUAGAAAGAGUUCGUUUUCUAGAAUGCACUGUUGAUAGUAAAAUUGCUGAAGUUAAACAACUUGAUGAACAACUUUCCUUUGCUAAAGAAGAAAUAUCCUCAAAAAAUAUUGAAAUUAAUAGGAAUCAAAUGUUAUUAGAUAAUGCAAGAGCUAAGAUUGAAGAGUUAGAAGCAGCUAGGGAUAAAUUAGGAGAUAAAUCCGAGUUAGAAGAACUCUUAAACCAAACCAGACGUGAAAAAGAUAAUCUAGAAAGUCAGUUAGCAUCCUUACAAGAACGUGUGCAACGAGCAUUUUGUGAAAUUGAUAGGCUAAAAGAGCAACUAACAAAUUCUAAUGAGCAAUGUAAUGUCGCAACAAAUAAUGCUAAAUCUGCUCUUAUAGAUCUUCAAUGGCAAAGAGAUAAAUGGCAUGAAGAAGUUAAUGCGUUAACAGCAGAAUUAAAAAUAGCUAAAGAAGCUGAAGCUGAAACACAAGUACUGUGCCAAAAAUAUGUAGAUGAGAAAAGACAAUUAGCAGAUGUUUUAUCUGAAACUCAAGUUUGUUUGGCAAAUGUAAGAAAAGCUUUAGAUGAAGAAAAAGCUGAAAUUCAAAAUGAAAGAAAAGAAUGGUAUCAAUUUAAAGAAGAUUUAUUAACUACAGUUAGAGUAGCUAAUGAUUAUAAAGAAAUUGUAGAAAAAGAUAUGGAACAAAUUUUACUUGAAAAUAAACGACUUAGAGAAAAAGUAAAAACUUUAGAGGAUCAACUAGAUAAACUGAAGCUUAUAGAGAAGCCUAGAGCACUGACAUGUAAUGCUAAUUCUAUUCUCAAUCCUGUUAUUAUUGGACAAGAGAUUAGUCGUCGUAGCAGUCAUUCUAAACUCUCUAGACAAGAUAGUCAGUUAUCAGUUAAAACAUUAAUUGAAAGUAUUGAAAAUGCUACUAAACAAGCUAAAACAGCUGAGUUUACAAGAAGUAAUUCUACCUCUAGCUUAAAUGGAUUGGUUAGCCUAAAUGAUAAUCAAUCUUUAUGCAAAUCACCUAGAGAAUGUGAUAGUAAAACUCCACUUAGAGAGCAAAAUUCUUGUUCUGUUGAUAGUUCACCAUGUGAAGAAUUUGAUCCAAUUAAAAAGUGCCAAAGUGAUGAACAUCGCACAAAUGGAUUAAUUCUUUCAUCAUCGCGUAGUAUUGAUACUUAUGCACGACUUGGGGGAACUGUUGAAAUAUCUGAACGACGAGAUCCUUUGCAGGCACUUGUGAAAAACGGUGGUUCAAAACGUAAUGCCUUGUUAAAAUGGUGUCAGAACAGAACUAUUGGAUAUCCAAACAUAGACAUAACAAACUUUAGUAGCUCAUGGAAUGAUGGGCUAGCACUAUGUGCUCUUCUACAUACUUAUGUUCCUGAUAAAAUACCUUAUUCUGAAUUAACACCUACUGAAACACGCCGAAAUUUUUCUGUUGCAUUUGAGGCAGCUGAAUCUGUUGGUAUACCAACUACUUUAAGUAUUACUGAUAUGAUAUCACAAGAACGUCCAGAUUGGAAUUUAGUUAUGGCUUAUGUGACAGCAAUUUAUAAACAGUUUGAAACAUAAUUUAAGUGUAAUAUAUAUGCCUGAUGAUCAAAGACUGAUAUUCGUAUAAAUAAAAUAAUUUAAAUGUAAGGCAUAUUAAGACUUAGAAUUUGACUGUUAUGUAAAUAGAAUGAUAUAUAUAUAUAUAUUUUAUAAUUUAUUUUUUUUUAUAAAUAAAUUGUAUUCCACAAAGGCACAAACAUGAAAAAAGUGUAUUCUAGAAGUUUUCUAGUCACCUAAUUUAAGUAUUUUAUAAUUUUUAUAAGUUGUUUUGUCUUAUUUUGUAUGUAUUGUAAUAUAUUUAUUUUUUAAAUUUAAUAUGUUAAUUAAUUCACAUCAAUUUCUUUGUAAAUAGGAUUUAAAAAAAAAAAAUUAUCGAACAUUUUAAUAUAUCUGUAAUUAUAGAUAUACAAAAGUGUUUGAUAUGUUUUUAUGG